CGAGAAGAGCUAGGAACAGCCGCAGCUCCCUCGUUGCUGACGGGUGGACUGAGGGAGUGUGUGUCUGCUCGAGUGUGCGCGUGUGUGUGUGUGCAUGUGUGUGUGAGUGAGAAAGAGAGACAGUCUGGGAGUGUGUGCAUGUAGAUGCUGCAUGGGCUGCAACCAGAGCUGCCACUGCCGGUGGUGAAUAAUGCAGACAGGGGAGCGGAGUUUGGGCAGCAUGCAGGGAGCCAGAUUAAUAAUGCAUCGUACCGGUUACAAGCUCUGCAUUAGUUAGUUUUUCUGGAACCUGUAGCUACCUACUAUCUAUCAGACCUGCCCGGCCGGCUCACUGACUCCCUGCUUACCUUUCUGCCUUUCCAUCUGACUGGCGGACUGUCUGACAUACUCAGAAAAUGUCUCACUACCAUUUCAUCAAAUGUUGUUGUUUCCAACUAUGUAAUGUCUUUCGUCAAAACAUGGAGAUAGACCAGUGUCUGCUGGAGUCUCUCCCCAUUGGCCAGCGCCAGCGGCUGGUCAGGAGGAUGCGCUGUGACCAAAUAAGGGCGUACUAUGAGAGGGAAAAGAGCCUUCAGCGCCAGCAAGGUGGUAUCAAGGCCCGAGCCCCGUCCACCCACCGGAAGAAGCACCACGUCCGCUUCAGCCUCGCUGAUGUCAUACAAGAUGCCAUCAUUCGCCACGACGACAAAGAAGUGUUGCGGCUCCUGAAGGAGGGAGCAGACCCCAACACUCCCAUUUCCUCUGGGGGAUCCUUGCUGCACCUGUGUGCUCGCCACGACAAUGUGUUCGCAGCAGAGCUCCUGAUCGAGCGAGGGCUGAAUGUCAACCUGCAGGACGAGGACCAGUGGACAGCUCUGCAUGUCGCGUGCGUGUGCGACCAUGCAGACAUGGUGCUGCUGCUGCUGGUGGCCGGAGUGAACGUUUUACUGCAAGACAUCAACGGAAACAUUCCUCUGGAUUACACCUUCGAGGGAACAGAGAGCAGCUGUAUCCUCCGAAAACACCUGGAGGAAAAUGGUGUAGAUGUGACAUCCAUGCAUGCCAUGAAGACACAGAGACCCAGCACCAUGUUGUCGGAUGUUCGGCAGCUUGUGGCCUCAGGGGGGAGUCUCAACCAGCCCAAUGAUGACGGGGUUACGCUGCUGCACAUUGCAUGUGCCAGUGGUUACAGAGAGGUGGUGUCUGUGUUACUGGAGGCGGGGGCGGAACCUCAUCCCGCUGACAACAACUUUUGGACCCCCCUCCAUCUGGCUGCUAAAUAUGGGCAGACAAGCAUUGUUAGCCGGCUCCUCAGGCACGGAGCGAACCCGACUCUGCUGAACUGCGACCAAGACAAGCCCUCCGACAUCGCUGUGUCAGAGCCCAUAGCAGAUAUGCUGCUGAAUGCGGAGGAGAGCUGGCUGCAGAGGCUGAAGGACCCGUCUGCGCCGCUACCCUCCACUGACCAACGCUACGAUGGCGGCUCACACGACCUCAGCACUCCUGUCAAGAACUUGAACCCCUUGGGUCUCUCUAUCUCUAAGCGGGACAGUCUGCUGGAGAAGUGCGCCAUGUUCAGAGAGGCAGGCGGAGCACUGAGCCGACAGCCCUCUCAAGAUAAUGGUCUCGAUGGCCCCUUCAGCUCUGGAGCCAGCAAAUUGGAGCAGGUCAAGCUAAUGCCUCCAGCACCCAAUGACGACCUGGCUUCUCUCAGCGAGCUGACCGACAGCAGCCUGCUCUACGAGAUGCAGAAACGCUUUGGCAACGACCAAAUCUAUACCUACAUUGGACACAUCCUUCUUCUGGUCAAUCCAAACAAAGAGCUGCCCAUCUACUCCAACUUGGUGAGUCAGUUGUAUCUGAGUUCCACGGGCCGACUCUGCUCUUCUCUGCCACCUCACAUCUUCUCUUCGGCGGAGAGGGCUUACCACAUGAUGCUGCAGGAGAGGCGCCCUCAGUGUUUCAUCUUGAGUGGUGAGAGCGGUUCUGGGAAGACAGAGGCAUGUAAGCACAUUGUGAGACAUCUGACAGCUCGAUCCAGCCCCAAAGGCUUCAUGCUGGAGCCCAGAAUGAAACACGUGAACUGUAUCCUCGAAGCCUUCGGUCAUGCAAAGACUCAGAGGAACAGCAACUCGAGCCGCUUUAUUAAGAUGGUGACCCUCCAGUACUGUGAUAAGAGGAAGACGCUGCUCAGAGCCCAUGUGUACACCUACAUGCUGGAGAAGUCUCGCCUAGUCCACCUGCCUCCUCAACAACACAGCUUCAGAAUCUUCUACCUGAUGGCUGAAGGCCUUUCACCUGAGGAGAAGAGUGCACUAUACCUCAACAAUGUCCUGGCUCAUAGAUAUCUUAGCGGAGCGCUCCCUGGAGACAACCCUCCGGUGGCUACAGCUUCUGCCCAGAGCAGGGAGCAUCUUGCGGCGGUCAAACAAGCCCUCCGAGCCCUGGGCUUCAACAAGCAGGAGGUUGACUCAGUGUUUACGCUGCUGUCUGCUGUGCUCCAUAUUGGGGACCUACGUUUCGCUGCGCUGACAGACGCUGAUUCGGCCUUCCCUUCUGACCUGCAGCUGUUGGAGAGAGCUGCUGGAUUACUGCAGGUGUCCCCGGCUGAUUUAAGCACUGCCCUCACUUCUGAUGUUCAGUACUUCAAAGGUGAUAUGAUGACUCGACGCCACACAGUAGAGAUGUCAGAGCAGUACAGAGAUCAACUGGCCAAAGCCAUCUAUGGACGCCUCUUCAGCUAUCUGGUCAACAGUAUGAACGAAUAUCUUCAAGGACAGGAUGAAAGCAUUGGUGAUCCUGCCUUGGAAGUUGGGAUCUUGGACUUAUUUGGGUUUGAAGAAUUUCAGAGGAAUGGAUUUGAGCAGCUGUGUGUGAACAUGACCAACGAACGACUGAGGCAGUACGUAUCCGAGGUACUAUUCCAACAGGAGCAGGCUGAGUGCCUGCAGGAGGGCAUCGCCAUGGAGACCCCCCGGUCCCCAAGCAACCACUCGGUCGUUCUGGACUUCUUUCUUCAGAAGCCUCAGGGACUCCUGUCUGUGUUAGACGAGGAGAGCCAGAGCCUUCGGCCAGUGGAGCAGACCCUUUACAAGAGGCUGUCUGCUCAGCUGGACUCCAACCCAACUCACGCGCUCUCUCUCACGACCAAGGAUGGCAACGGCAACCCCCCACCCAAAGACCAAGGCCCGUCCUUCACUGUCAGCCACUAUGCAGGACAGGUUUCGUAUGACCUCACAAGAUCCCUCACAAAAAACAAGGACUCCCUUCCUCAGAAUCUCCUGUUUACGAUGAAGUCCAGUGAGAGUGUGUUAUUGCAGCAACUCUUCCAGUCCAAGUUGACUCAGACUGGUUCCCUGGUGCCAGCAGCCCAUGGCCGCAUCGGGCUGAGGGGGCCUAAAGCUGCCUUGUUGCUCCACAGGAUGCCCCCAGCCUCCACUGCCAAUGCCAGCUCUAUCCCUCAACAGCCCCGGCGGUACCAUGAUCUUACCAAGAUCUUAAAGAAGAAGGGAUCAAGUUCCUUCCUUCAACGUCUGGAGCGCUGUGGACCCAUCACAGUGUCUGUACAGCUGAGGAACUCGCUGUCAGAGGUGAUCAGUAAGCUGCAGGCCAGUACGCCGCACUUCGUGGAGUGCGUGCGGCCCAAUUCCGGCAGUCAGCCCGACAGUUUCGACAGCUUCCACGUGUCCGCCCAGCUGCAGUACAUCGGGGUGCUGGAGAUGGUGCGCGUGAUCCGUUACGGGUACCCCGUCCGUCUGUCCUUCCCAGGCUUCCUCAGCAGAUAUAAAGAACUUGUUGUCUCAACUUUGGGAGACAAGAAGAAACUGUCUCCAGAGGAGAGAUGUCGCUCGGUUCUGCAGCAGUCCAAACUCCAAGGAUGGCAGAUGGGCAGCAGUAAAGUGUUUCUGAGAUACUGGCAGGCGGACCAGCUCAACGAUCGCUGCUACCAGUUUCACAAAAAGAUCAUCACGUGUCAGAAAGUGGUUCGCGGCUGGCUAGCCAGACACCGGGUCCACCUCAGGCUAUCGUUGCAGCGCAAAGAGGAGCGUAGCGUGCAGCGCUUCCUGCAGGGGGCAGAAGACAUGGGACUGCGAACCUACGACCAGUUGGUGAUCCAAAAUGCGUCUGACAUAGCGCGCGAAAGCGACCGUCUGCGCGGCCACGGCAGUAGCCUGCUAAGCACACUUGGCGGCAGCCCACCGCUUGGCGAGAGGCCCGAGCCGGUGGGCAAGGAGGAGGAUCAGCCCGUCAGGAGGGUGGUGGAGAAAAAUGGCAAAGUCAGUGAGGGCUCUGCCAGCGGGGGAAGUCGAGUUAUUCGCCACUUUCGCUCCAGCUCAGUACCAAUCCCGCUGGCCAUGGAGAACAUGGCCCAUUCCUCUGCCAGUCCACCCAUCAAACCGGCCUUGCAGCAGGUUGCUCAUGCCAAUGAGGACGGGGUAGGUGGGGGAGGGCUUUCCUCUCCUCGGAAGCAACCUCCUCCCAAACCAAAGAGGGACCCCAACACCCGCCUGAGUGCUUCUUAUGAAGUGGUUAGUGCAGGGUUGACGAUGGCCGCCAAAGAGAGCUUCACUCCAGAGGGGUAUGGUUCACCAGCUGGAAGCCCUCCUAAAUCCCAGCUGUCCCCCACAGACCCUGCAGCGCUGUCCAAGCCCCGUCCUCACAGCGACGACUACACAACUAUGAGAAAGGUGCCGCCCCCCAAACCUAAGCGCAGCCCCAACACUAAGCUGACAGGCUCGUAUGAAGAGAUUAACGCCGUAGCACCCCACCUUCACCAGCUGCGCCCCGCUGAUGUAAAGCUCGCCCUGCUUUCCCGUGGUGGGGGAUUUUCAGGGUUUGGAGGCUUGAUGCAGAGAGCAGCCUCUAUAGAUGCUCCACAAGGUGUAGCACUAAGUCUUUAUAAAGGCCAAGAUGAAGAGGAUGUGUACAUAGAGAUGUUGGGGUCCCAGCCUCGGACUCGAAGCCUUCAGGAGCCCCCUGAUAGCCCGGACCUGGCCGACUCGGAAGCUGUCUAUGAAGAGAUGAAGUAUUUCGCGUCUGAACACGGUGGAACUCCUGCCACUGUGAUCACCAAGGCGGCCAAACUGGAGGCUCUAGGCUUGGGACUGGUGGGGUUAGGAACAUCCCCUCCUCAGAGUGGAGAGGCCAAGCGAUCGGCAGUAGGGGUGACUGGUGCCUUGGACAUUGCUCAAUCGCAAAACACAUCCAACGGCGGCACUCCCAAAACUCAGCAUGGCAAAGAUGGCAGCUGUGACAUCCCUGCUCCCUUCCCCAACUUGCUCCCUCACCGUCCACCUCUCCUGGUGUUUCCUCCCUCCCCUGUCACCUGUUCCCCUGCUUCGGAUGAGUCACCCCUCACUCCCCUAGAGGUGAAGAAGCUGCCUGUGUUUGAGACGAACCUGAACUAUGCCACUGGCCCAGACAGCCCUUUGUCCCCGCAGUACGCUCGGCAGAGGGCCGACUCUUCCCCCAGCCUCACUGUCCUGAUGCCAGAGAAGAAGUCUACACCUCCGCUCACCCCUCCACCACCUCCUCCUCCCCCCAGUGCCCCACCUCCUCCCUACAGACCCCCUUCGCAUUUCCCCUUCCCACCUGAGGCCAACUUCUUGGCCCUGACUCGAGCAGCCUCUGUCACUGGAAGCUCAGAUUCCUCCAAAACAUCUUCACACAGGGCAGGUGGAGAACCAUUGGGGAAGCCACCACCCUAUUCCCCUGUGAAGAUGUCCCGUCCUGAGCCUCGGAGAGCCCACUCGUGCUCCUCCUCCCCCUUGCUGUUUAACCCAGCCAAUGGCAGACCCUUGACCAGCCCUCUGGAUGAACUCAACACCCUGUUCAGCUCUGGACGCAGCUUGCUGAGGAAGUCAGGCCGCAAGAUGAGAGAUGGAGGUUUGUCAGGAUUCAAUUCUAAUAUCAAUCUGCCAGGGAGGGAAGAAUGUGGCUCUGCCCCCACCUCGCCAUCUCUGCAGCUACAAGACAAGAAUGCCAACAACCACGCUCCGCACUCACAAAACCCCGCCCCCAUCGAGAACGGCAACCAGAUCUCCAAUGGGUCGCUGGAGGACGAGAGUCACAGCAAGUCAAACUCCUCCAGCACCGCCUCUCUGCACAGACACUUGGACAGCCAUCAUACUCAGGUGUUCCAGCGGCUACGUCUGUCCAACGGGGAUGAGAGCGCCACCCUUGGCGAGCUUCUGCGAUGGCGGCGAGUGCAGUGUGAGGGGCGGCGCGACUGGAAGCACCGCCCACCUCAGUCUCCACCCCUGCCCCCCACGCUGCUCUGGACCAAUAGAAAGGCCUCUCCAUGACAGGGACGGUGUGAUGUAGUCACAUGUAUUGGCUGUGAUGUUCCUCCCUCUCUCUUCGGCCAUUUGCACUUGAUUUUUUCUUUUUUUUUUUUAUGUUAGGCCAAUAACCUCAAUGCCCAUGGACUAUGCUGAAGCUGAAAGCCAGAGAGCGUGAGCCUAGUCCCUGGGCUGAAGGCCCUGCCUCUUUUCUUUCUAGUUGACUGUGGCCGAUGCCCCAACCCAUACAAUAUAAACUCAGCACUGUGUGCCACUCUAAAGUGUCACCCUUUACAAAAGAAUGGAAAGCAGCCACGGCAGAGGCUAAUGUGGAGGUGGGGAUUCAUUUGUCGUCAAAUAUAUUAUUAAGAACAUGCAGACAGGAAAAAUAAAGAAUAUUACACGGCUAUUUAUUUUCAGUUUUUCUCAGAAAAAAUGUAUGAUGUCCAUCAGUGAGAGGCUGAAUUUGUCGGGGGAAAUAUUGAAUGGCCCUCUCAUUCUGUCUGUACCCCAGCUUAUCAUGAUGCACUGUUGCACACAAAGGAGCUACGCCCCAAAACAUGGUGCUGAUUACUACUUGACGUAAUGUCCUGUGAAUUUCUCCUGUGUGUAUCAUCACCCCCUGCCCCCCUCCAUGAGACUCGGACUUUUAAAGUUUACAAGUCAACCGACGCCUUUGAAAUCCUCCACUUUUUAGUGUCAGUGUGCUGACUUAGACAUGGGACCUUUUUCAGGUAAAUAGCUCUCACUUAGCCUCUCAUGUUUGGGCUCUAAGUGCUACUGCAGCCCUGGCAACAAGCGGCCAGGGGUCAGGGUAACCUCAGUAUCAUCCCAAGGUGCACUUCUCUUCCCUUUUGUUACCACCAGCCUUUGAGGAACAAAACCCUCUGGCCAAAUUCCAAGCUACUGCACUUACCUUUACUGCGAGAAGGGGAUACAACGUGUGAGUCUGCUUUGGUUUAAGGUAAAGCUGAAAUAACAAAGCUUUAGCAGACAGGUACAUGUUGUGAACAUGAAACUCUGUGCCAAAGUGUGAAAUACAACGUGUGAAAGAUGUGUUUAAAACCGACGACUAUAGUUAUAAAAAACUGAGUAGACUCCAUGUACUCCAUAUCUAUAUCUAUCUAUCUAUGUACAGAGUGGCAUAAAUGACCAAAUUAUAGCUGUUACCCCGGUGAUCCUGUUUCUAAAUGGAUCAGAGGUACAAUAAAACACUGUAUACUUAUAAAGUAGCAAUUUAACCUGAGCAGGUUCACGGGGUUGUUCAGGAGACCUCACACACAGAUGAACUUGAUUAUUGUACAGAUUCCUCCAUCGUGGAUGUAUCCUCACAUUCACCUAUUACUUGCGUAUAUAUAUAUCAUCUUCUCAUUUGACCUCGACAAGUAGACCCCCAACCC